AUGGCCGCAGACAACGCGAACUCAGACCAUGAGAAGGCUCCUCAAGCUCGCACAAUCGACAACAUUCGCGUCUUGGGUCUCACAGACGAUGAUGCCGACUUUUACAACAAUGUCACUCCUGAGGCACGCAAGACAAUUAUCAGAAAGGUCGAUCGUCGUUUAGUCCCCAUGCUUGCCAUCCUGUACCUGAUCUCUCAUCUCGACCGAGCAAACAUUGGAAACGCCAAGAUCGAAGGCCUUGUUGAGGAUCUGAACCUCGUUGGUAACCAAUACAACAUCGUCCUCAGUCUGUUCUUCAUUCCUUACAUCUUGCUUGAGAUUCCUAGCAACAUGCUUCUGAAGAAAUUCACACGGCCAUCCGUCUACCUCGGCACUCUCGUCUUUAUCUGGGGUAUCAUCAUGACCCUUCACGGUGUUGUCAAGGGUUUCGGUGGCCUUCUAGCUGUCCGAAUGCUUCUCGGUGUUUUCGAGGCUGGAUUCUACCCUGGUGCUGUGUAUCUUUGCACUUUCUGGUACAUGCCCAAGGACCUUGCCACACGCAUUGCCUACUUCUACUGUACAAGUGCGCUCUCUGGCGCCUUUUCCGGUCUUCUCGCUGCUGGUAUUGCGCAAAUGGAUGGAGCAGGUGGUUAUGAAGGCUGGCGAUGGAUCUUUAUCCUCGAGGGUAUCGCGACUGUCAUCAUGGGCGUUUUGUGUUUCUUCUUUCUCAUCGAUUCGCCCGCUCUUUCUGGUCGAUGGUUGACGCCCGAUGAGAUCCGCUUCCUCGAGUUGCAAAGUUUCAUCAAACAGGGUGGCCGAUUUGCUCAAGAGACGGACGAGAAGAAAUUCCAUUGGUAUGACAUGAAGAUGAUCCUCUGCAAUUGGAGACUUUACCUUCAGGCAUACAUUCUUCUCUGUAUCUCCGCUUGUUCUUACGGAACCAAGUUUACACUUCCUUCUAUCGUCAAGGCUAUGGGAUUCACAAACACCAACGCUCAGUUGAUGACAGUUCCUGCCUACAUCGCUGGUGGUAUUUCUUCUGUCUGUUUCGCUAAGCUUUCUGACCACUUCCACUGGAGAAUGCCUUUCGUCGCUAUUCCUCUCUGUCUGAUUGCUGUUGGAUACUCUAUUGUCAUGAGCUUCCGUGGCGACAUGACUGGCAGCCAUACUGGCCCUGGAUACUUUGCUCUUGUUCUCACCUGCAUCGGCAUCUACCCUGUCCAACCAGCUGGCAGCAGUUGGGCGGCCAAUAACCUUGCCCCUUCAAGCCGACGAGCGAUCGGUGUUGCCUUUAACAUUUGUGUGGGUAACAUCGGAGGUAUCAUCGGCUCAUAUAUGUACCUUGAUAAGGAAGCUCCUCGCUACCAAACAGGCUUUGGUCUCUCCCUUGCUUUUGGAGCCAGUGGAAUGUUGGUGGCUCUUCUUCUUGAGACUAGUUACAAGUGGGGCAAUAAGCGAAAAGCUGAGCUGUCUGAGGAUGACAUCCAUGCUCAGUACUCGGAGCAUGAACUUAUGAAGCUCGGAGACAAGAGUCCCCUGUUCAAGUACACCCUGUAG